AUGGCACGCCCGGCCGCCUUCGCCGACGGCAAUACCGCCCGACCGGCAUGCCCCCCGGAAGCUGUCUCCUUCCACUUUGGGAUCUCUAUUCAGACGGUCCGGUAUGAGUACUCGUACAGAGAUGACGAAUACUGCGUCGACAUCAGUAUCCGUAUCUGCACCGGCAGAACCUGCGUCUCGAUACAGGUCCAAGAAGUCAUGGGGUCUGAGGAUAGAAACGGCUGCGAGCAGGCUACGCAGGGUGCAGAGCAAGGACAUACUCCGGUCGCCGCUCAGCAGUGGUGGGCUGAGGGCCGCAUUCCGGAAGCGUGGUAG